UAGAGGCCUUUUAUUCUGCAUGGCGUUAUUCCCUAUCAAAAUGUAAGCAUUUUUUAUGUAAAAUAUUUUAAAAUGAUGAUAUGUUUAUGAUAGGUUAUGUCUAUGUUUAUUAUGAAUGGUUUCUUUUUAGAUGCUGUUGACAAUUUGUAACACUCAAAAACUUGACAUUGUGAAGUGUAAAACUGAAGGGUAAACAUCUCUUGACUUUGGGAACUGUGGUUUGUUCUGUAGGACACGAACACGGAACAGACGAAUUAUUACCCAGUAGAACUUUACGCGUAAUUUUUAACAAAAGUGCGCUUGUAUAUUACAGUCUGACAGUUCGUGUGGAUGUAUGUACAGUAAAGUAUGUAUGAAUGGAUGUACAGUAUGGAUAGAUGUAUGUACUGUAAUGUAUGGAGAGCUCUACAGUAGGUGGCUGUACGCGCACACUGAUCCGCCGCGCAAAAGGAAGCUGCGCGUUAUUUCACUCACCGUCCCGUCAAUAAAAACACUGAAACGCAUCCAGUCGGUCGUUUCCUAAACAUUUCCUGCUAUUUUUCAGUUAGUUUCUUGAUAUGGACUUUUGGGCAUCCCGUGGAAAACUUGGAGAGACUUUAUUCACCUGAUCCGGGGAGCCUUGCUUGAAUUCACCUCGUGUUUCUCAAUGUUCCUCUGAUCCGAGUCGCGUUUUCCUCGUGAAGUGGAUCUCUUGCGCUCGAUCGUUCCGUGGGUCCGUCCGCGUGCGCGCGCGCGUGUGAGUGAGUGAGCGCUCGUGUGUUUCUCAGACUCGCUCCUCCUGGAUCCCGGCGUGUUUUCUCACUGAGAUCUGUUUGCGUGUUUUUAGGUUUAUGUGAUAUUUCUAAAAUGCAUCAUCAUCAUCAUCACCAUCAUCAGAGAAUGGCCGCGUUAGGGACGGAUAAGGAACUCAGCGAUUUACUGGAUUUCAGCGCGAUGCGAAACAGCGAUUUGAAAAUGUUCCCAACAUCAAUGAUGUUUUCACCUCCUGUCAGCAGUGGGAAGAACGGACCGACGUCUCUGGGCAGUGGACAUUUCUCAAAUCUUGAAGACAGAGCAAGUUCAUCAUGGGGAAAUGGAGUCCGUGCCACAAAGAAUUACGCAGACGGUUCACAGUACAGUCACAUGACCAGCCGGGACAUCGGGUCACAUGACAAUAUUUCGCCACCGUACAUUAACUCCAGAUUAGCAGGUAAAACAGAACGGACGUCGUAUUCUUACGGACGAGACUCCAGCAUACACGGCUGUCACCAGUCGAGUCUCAUGGGAGGUGAGGUGGGAAUGGUCAGUCCUGAGACGGUGUCGCCCACCAAACUGGGAUCCCAGUAUUACCAGCAUUACGCAGGAAACCCGCGGCGACGAACCCUUCACAGCGACCAAAUGGAAGUCCAGCCAAAAAAAGUUCGGAAAGUUCCUCCCGGUUUACCCUCCUCAGUUUACGCCCCAUCAGCCAGCACUGCAGAUUAUAAUCGUGAUUCACCAGGUUACCCGUCCUCAAAAGCACCAGGCACCAGCUUCCCCAGUUCAUUCUUUAUGCCAGAUGGUCAUCACAGUACAGAUCAAUGGAGUUCAUCCGGCAGUAUGAAUCAGUCCGGCUACAACAGCAUGCUGGGAACACACGGCACUCAGAGCAGCAGUUACUGCGGCCUUCAUCCACACGAGAGACUCAGUUACCCGUCACACUCGUCGGCUGAGAUUAACCCCAGUCUUCCUCCCAUGUCCAGUUUCCAUCGCAGCGGUGGAACGAAUCACUACAGCACAGCGUCCUGCUCGGCUACAACUAACGGAACAGACAGUGUCAUGGCGAAUCGAUCAUCGAGUGGGGCAGGAACCAGUUCACAGACGGGAGAUGCAUUAGGAAAGGCUUUGGCUUCAAUUUAUUCCCCUGAUCACACCAACAACAGCUUCUCAUCCAACCCAUCCACUCCAGUGGGUUCACCUCCCUCACUUACAGCUGCCAGUACAGCUGUUUGGUCGAGAAACGGUCAGGGAGCUUCAUCUCCAAGCUAUGAGCCUCCGCUGCACUCUUUGCAGAGUCGUAUCGAGGACAGACUUGAACGUUUGGAUGAUGCCAUUCAUGUAUUAAGGAGUCAUGCGGUGGGACCGUCUACAGCGAUGGCAGGGGGUCACGGAGACAUGCACGGAUUGAUCACACCGUCACAUUCCCAUAACGGAGCCAUGAGCGGCCUGAGUUCGGGAUACAGCUCGGGACUUCUGCCCACUAACAGACAUUCACUCAUGGUGGGUUCCCAUCGUGAGGAUGGUGUCGGUUUGAGGAGCGCUCACUCUGUUGGGUCCAGUCAAGUUCCAGGUCCACAACUUCCUGUGCAGUCAGCCACAUCCCCUGACCUCAGCCAGUCUGACCCAUACAGGGCUCUCUCCGGAGGUCUACAGGGUCACAGCACUUCAUCUGUGAGUUCAGAGAUUAAAUCAGAAGAUGAAGGAGAUGAGAAUCUUCAGGACAGCAAAUCUAUGGACUCGAAGAAAGAAGACUUGGACAGCAAGGAUCUUAAAUCAUUAGAGAGGUCAAGAUCUAGUAACAAUGACGACGAGGAUUUGACUCCGGAGCAGAAACUGGAGCGAGAGAAGGAGCGGAGGAUGGCGAAUAACGCUCGUGAGCGUCUGCGUGUGCGUGAUAUCAACGAGGCGUUUAAAGAGCUCGGACGCAUGGUGCAACUUCACCUGAAGAGCGACAAACCACAGACCAAACUUCUCAUACUGCAUCAGGCCGUCGCUGUCAUUCUGAGCCUGGAACAACAGGUCCGAGAGAGGAAUCUCAAUCCUAAAGCGGCGUGUUUGAAGAGACGAGAAGAGGAGAAAGUGUCGUCGGACGGUCCUUCUCUCUCAUUGGCCGGUCCCCACCAUGGCAUGGGCGAGGCGUCCAAUCCCAUGGGACAAAUGUAAAGAGCCACACCCCCAGAAUGGUCGAAGCUGCCAGAGUUCAUUAAAAUGAUGAGCAAUCACUUCCUUUGACAGCCUGAUUUCUGCCCCGAUCAUCAAUCAAUCAAUCAAUCAAACAAACUUCCAUCCGAUCGAUCGGCUUCUGUUUCCUCUUCUUAACUGGAUCACACCAUCUGUAAGGAUUUACUGUAAAUUACGGCUCGGGACCGUCGUCUGUAUCUUCCUUCAAACAUUCCCUGCUAAAAAACGAAGACGAUCGUACGAAACACAAAGAUUUGAAGCAUGCAGACAUCGGUGGGAUUUUUCAAACAUAUCAUGUUGUGACGACAGCCCUUUGAUUUCAAUGGCAAUCUCAUCCACACUGUGGAGCUUCUGUAGCUGUGCCUCCUCACGGACGUCUGAACGGACCAAGAGAUUUACUCGAUUAUCAAUCGGUCCAUGUUGAGUUUGGGGCGAGAGAGAGAGAGAGAGAGAGGGGUUUUGAAUCAACAACAAGAAGAGAUUAGGCUGUAGAAUUACACAAAAUUGUUCAAACCUUUGCAAUAAUGAUCUUUGUUGUGUGUAAAAGUGUACUUGUUGAGUCAAAUUCGACAGGGACGUCAAACCAGCAGACCCUGACAAUGAAAAUUCGGAGGGCGUUGUUUCUCCGCCACCAACGAUCAGGUUUGGGCUCAUAGUAGGAAGCAUUGACUAUCAGUCAACUAAAAUUUGCCCUUAAGGAGCCACAGGUCAUAGUUUAGGUUAAGAGUAAACACGUGCUCGACGACCAAACCCCGUUUAGCAAAAGAUGCCCGACAUUGCUUUUGUUUCCGACCCUCUAGACAUCAUCUCUCCUGUCGAACCCCUCCCGAGAUGCAAUUUUAACGUAACGAAACUUCAACCGAUGUGCCUUUUAGAGCUCAUAUCAUCACACAACUCAUUAUCAGAACUUUCUAGAAUGCAAGUGUAGGAUAUGUUAGUCUUUAGGUCUAUGCAGUCAGGUAUUUUAUGGCCUGGAAUUUAAAAAAAAAAAGUAAAAAGGUAAAAAAAGUAUUUUUUGGAUAAACUGUAUUUAAUGUACUGUAUGCUUAUAUGUAAUUAGACGGUGUGUCCGCCCCACCCAUAACCCCGCCCAACUCGCCACCUGUCACCGUUGUUAUUGAGCAUUGUAAUAUAGCAGCUUUUAUGAAUACUUGAGCCACUGUAGUCCACAGUACAAAUGUGUGCUUAUACGUCUACAAUGUUUGGUUGCUUUUUUUAAAUCUUUUUAUUGUUUGUCUGUGCUGGUUUCUUUGGUAUAAAAAAGGGAGAAAAAAUAUGAGAAGCCACACACGUCUCUUGAGUAUCGGCAGUGGAUUUAUCGACCCAAACAACAGGAGGCACUGACAAAAAAUGUGUAUUAAAAAAAAAACAUUAUAUAUAAAUGUAUAAAUAUAUACAGUAUAUAAAGAGAGGCGUCGAUUCCAUUGGAUCGGAAGGAGUUGACGUGGAGUGAUGUUUCUUUAUUUCCGUAAAGCCGCGCGAGACGUGACUCUGACGCCUCAGCGGGACCGACGGGUCGUCCGCUUUCGCCAAACCCGUGACGACUACCACGAAAAGGGAAACACGGACAUUUGUAAAUUGUAUGCGACAAAUGCGAACUUACCAUUAUUUUGAAAUUGUGUAUGUAAAAGUUAUAUUUUUACAUGUAGGCUGUUGUUACUUUGUGUUUAGAAAAUGCGUUGUAUUCGUUAUUUCUUUUCUAAAAAAUUUCUUUGUUAUAAGGCGAAAAAAGAAUUCAUUGUGUGUUGAAACGUGUCACAUUGAAAAUGUAGUGAGGUCAAAAGCAAAAAAACAUCAUGUUUAUAUUUUUCUUUUACAAACUGUGGGUUGGGAAUCAAAUCGAUAUGAUUAUUCUCUCGUCCUCAUCAUUUCAUUGUCAUUUUUUUUUAUUGUAUUUCUGAGGAGGUUUGUGUAAAUAGUAUCACGUUUUCAACUGACGGUCACGUGACCCGGUGAAUACAUGAUUAACAUUAUGAGUGUUGGGAAUUUUGGAAAUAUAUUGGAAAUGAAUUCGGUGAUUUUUACAAACUGCAUCACAAACAUUAUCUGACUCGUCUUCAUCCGUGUGCCACAAUUCCCAUAUAUUCCAGCGCCAUUUCCAUGGAAAGCUUUCAAAAUUCCCAGACUUUCCUAGUGUUAACAAUCAGAUCUCAAUUUCAACCAGUGACACUGAAUGAACUGGAUUUGUUUGGUGAUGGUGGUUUAAAAUGAUGUUACACAGGCCUCAGAACUGCUGGCUUUUACCAAGAUGCAAAAUGUCAGAUUUUUUUACUUUACUUAUUUGCAGAUUCAAACUGCAUCAUUUUAACACUCCAACAAAACCCUAUAGAGUAUUUAAAGGUGUAGUACAUCUGUACUUCUGUAUCGCUUCAGACACGCUGGUGUUUUUGUCCUUUCGGUCGGUUUUGAACAUCUGAAGUUGUAUUUUGCCAGUGCUAAAGAUGUUUGAAUAAUUCGUGCUCAUCAUGUUGUUGUUUUCUUCCUAUGAUUGCAGUGGAAAGAUGAUGUUUUCCUCUUGGUUGUUCAUAAUGUACAUACUUGUUAUUGCUUUUAUUAACUGACUUUUUUAGUCAAAUGCAAAACUAAAGUGUAAGCGAUCUUUUCGCCAUGGUCAGAAUGGGCAUCUCAGAUGGAGGAUAAAGAUUAUUCGAGCCAAACAGCAUCGUACAGCUGGUCUUUGGUAAGGUUUUUUUGCGCACAGAUCUGCGGUUUGUAUGGGUGCUCGUUGUGCUUUGUGUCAUCAAGUUUUUGGAGAAAUACGUUUUCUUUUUGUCACUUGAGUGUGAUUUCAAUAAAGAGAGAGACGUUCUAGAAGCCUGUGGAUGCUUCUGCGCCUCGGUUUCAUCACCAGAUGAUCCUCUUGUCAUGAGAAGAUAAACUGUUAUCAAGUACAUUUAUUUUUAUUGGGAAACAACAAUGAGUAAAAAACAUUAUUGCUGUGCAGAGUUUGAUCACGCUUUAUUUCACUUUCAGUUCAGUAAAGAUUAAAUGAAUAAAGCCAACGCCAAAACCAUGAUAAAGCACAAAUGGAAAGCAAACAGCAAGAUUAAAAUCUCUACAAAUAAUAAAUACUGCAGGAAACUUAACUUGAGUUCAGUGUUUUAAAGCCUUUAAAUGCAGAAAACAGUGAGACUCGCUGUCAUGCACCUGUGCCUCAAGGUUUCUCACAAAACUUCUUUUGUCUACUGCACAUGGAGAAAACAAACUAUAUUUGGCAUAUGAUUAAGCCAGGGGUAAUGCUUUUAUACCAGAAACAUUGACAAAACAAGACAAAAGUACAAAACAAACAUCAGCUUGACAUUUUGUGGAAUCAUUUCAAGGUUAAAAUUUAUUUAAAGACGUUGAUUUUGAGACAAAGCUGUGCAUGAUUGGUUGAGACGGCCUUAGGUAUUUAAAGAGAUCUGUAUCAUCCAAUCAGAAACAGCCAUUCAACACUCAAACUAACAGCAAUUACAGUUUUUGAUCGAUGUGUGGCUGUUUGUCACAAUCAUGUGUGUGUGUGUGUGUGUGUGUGUGUGUGUGUGUGUGUGUGUGUGUGUGUGUGUGUGUGUGUGUGUGUGUGUGUGUGUGUGUGUGUGUGCGUGCGUGCGUGCGUGCGUGUGUGUGUGUCUGCGUGCAUGCAUGUGUAUAUGUUGUGUGUUGUUUUCUCAUUUUAAGUUUUUUAUUGUUUUCCUCUAUGUUAUAAUUAUUAUGUUAUCAUACAGCAUCUGAACAGGUUUUGUGCAGGGCUGUUGCUUCAUUUAAAGUUCAUCUUUCAUCAUCCUGUAGUUGUUUAAAUGUUGUCUUGUACAUACAGUAACAUUUGUAGCAAUAAAUGUGUCAUUUUAUUGACCUGUA